AUGCAUCGGCUGAUCAACUCGUGCACCGAGGUGUGGCAGGGUGUGUGCAGGAAGCUGGGCUGGAGGAUCGAUGAGUCCAUUCAGGACGCCCCACACUGGAAGGGGGUGUACCUGAAGGCUAAGCUCCGCAUGGUGCAGCUGCAGGACCAGGAGGCCUUCGAGACCUCCUCCCUCAUCGGGCACAGCGCUCGAGUUUACGCCCUCUACUACAAGGACGGCCUCCUCUGCACAGGGUCUGACGACCUCUCUGCCAAACUAUGGGAUGUGCGCACCGGGCAGUGCAUUUAUGGAAUCCAGACGCACACCUGCGCCACGGUGAAGUUCGAUGAACAGAAGCUGGUGACCGGGUCCUUCGACAACACCAUCGCCAGCUGGGAGUGGAGCACAGGGGCCAAAAUCCAGCAGUUCAGGGGCCACACAGGAGCAGUGUUCAGCGUGGACUACAACGACGAGCUGGACGUGCUGGUGAGCGGCUCGGCUGACUUCACGGUGAAGGUGUGGGCUCUGUCUGCGGGGGCCUGCCUCAACACGCUCACCGGACACACCGAGUGGGUCACCAAGGUGAGAUCUGCAGAAAAAGGAAGUGGGUCUGUGGUGCACAGCCCUGGGGAUUACAUCCUCCUGAGUGUUGAUAAGUAUGAAAAUUAAGGUGUGGGCCUUUAGGCAAGAGAGAUCAACUGUAAGUGUCUGAGAGCUCUCCGGGUGUCGGAGGACCGCAGCCAAUCUCAGCCUGCCAGCCCCGCCUGCAGUCGACGAGGCGACAUCGUCUGCAGCUCAGACAUCGGUGUCUAUCAGUGGGACUUCGCCAGCUUCGAGAUUCUCAGGUUGAUAAUAGACGCAGUGAGCGCGUCCCUUGUCAACCUCUCCCUGCUCAGUUUUCGUUUCGACGAGGUGUUUUCGCUCCUCCUUCGACAACCACUUCCUGUAACGUGGAUGGAGCCUGAGGAGGAGGCCAUCUCAGGGCAUAUCGCUGAGAAACCCGCUCCCCCGGCCUACAGGAAGUCCCAAACGGGGGUCAGCUUCCUGCCCGGCCGUCACCUCCUGGCUCAACGGCCUUGGACGGGGAGCCAAUGA